AGAAUAAAGUAAACAAAGGAAAAUGUCUACAGUGUCUUUCCCUCCGUCAGGAGCUUGUCUUUGGGAUACUUCUAAUAUAGGAGAUACACUAUCACUUCAUUUGACAACAGCUGGAUGGCUACAGUUGAAGGUUAACGCUGCUACAAUUAAGAUGGCCAUAUGUCAUGCCAACCGUCAGUCACCGUGGCAACAGGAAGGUUUCUUAAUGGCGACGCCCAUCGUAAACAAAAAUGAUACAGUUGUGUUUGAAGUUAGUCGUUUUGAUCCUGGGAAGUGGGUGGAGUCUGAGAGACUGAUACCAAUCACAAUACUACCUGAUGAAAUACCAAUACCCUGCAAAUUAUUAAAAGGAGUUAUUAAUACCGAAGGCCACUUGUCUCAUAACAUGGUUCAGUUGAAAGAAUCGAUUAACGAUAUUUAUCAUAACUUGAUAUCGAAAAGUAAUACUUCACUGCUUCAUUUUUAUCACCUUUUGUCAUUGAGGGUGAGCAUAUUCGUCCAAAAUGAAUCAAUACAUGUUAUUAGUGGGUGUGUCCUCCCUUCAUCCUCCAUUAUAGCCACGCCCAUACGUGCCAUUCCUCUUCUCUCUACUCCACUCAGCUCCAAUCUCAUUGGACCACAGCCUCUCUCAACACUGCAGGGACGAGUGAGGAGUGGUUUUUUAACAAUGAACCAAACACGAAGACUUGUUCCUCUGUUGCACAGUGAUGUCCACUCCCGCACUCUGCCAUUAAUUGGAGUUUGGAUAAGUGAAGUAUCAAUAUCCCAUCCAUUAGUCUGGUCUAUGCUACUCCAUUUCUCUCAUUUUCCUUCUCUUCAUAAAGUAAACCACAACGGGUCCUACCUCCUCCUCCUUCCUCGUCGCCAUGACUACCAGGUGUGGGCAUGGUCACCUGAACGUCUAGAGUGGGCAUGGCACAUGACAUCAACUGAAACACUAAAAUUUUCUGACGAGUAUUUGAGUUCCUAUUUGAUGCCAGUGAUGGAUGGUAUGGCUGGCCACACCCUCCUCACCUCCGUCAGUCUCCAAUGGCAACGGAGAAACUAUCACGAUGAGAGUUUACCACUUCCUCAACUGAACCUGACCCCAAACGGUCCUCCUACUGUUGUUAAAAGGGACAGUGACCUGUCUUGUGUUAGUGUCUUCAGUGAAAGGAGUCAGAAAGAGGAGGAGGAGGAGGAGGAGAGAAAACAUCGAUCACUUGUAGAACAGGAGCUGUUAAUAAAUAAUGUUUAUAGACAGGCAAGGGAGCUAUUUGAAGAUAAACCUCAUCAAAGCAUCACUAAUGAUACUACACCAACUGUUGUACGUAAAGUCACACCCACUAUCACCAUGGCAACCAAUAAUCCUCACAGAAGUGUCGACUCAUCAAAAUCAUCAAUAUCGACGCCUCAAAUUAUGACACCUAAGAGUACCGUUACUAUAGCAACUAACACUGGGCGGAGUCUGCUUUUUAAUGACACGCCCACUUGCAAUCGGAGUAUUCAAGUGUCUGACUUUAAUAAGAAAGCUUCCAGCGUUUCCAUAGCAACACAAGCCGGUUCUGGGUGUGACUCUUCCCUUUCUCCUCCUCGGUCUCUAAGGACGCUCUCCGAUACUGUUUCCAUGGUAACAGGAGUCGAUAGGACAAUGAGUUUUGGUAGCUUUAGUGACGGGUUUGGGGGCGUGGCUUCCAGUUGCUAUGAUGACAGCGAACGUGAUGCUUUUGUUGAUGAAGCAAAAAGGCGUAUACAAAGUUUCUUAGAUGCUUCUCCUCCUCCUUUAACUCCACCCACUUUAUUCACUGACAGGAAAUACACUGAUACCUCAUUACUGCCGUUUCCUAAGAUACAGUGUCCUACUGAUGUCUCUUCCAUCCAAUCCACUGAUACUACUAUUGAUGACCAGUGGAACAUUGCUGACAGCAUAUCACAGAAAUACCUAACCAAGAACAUCCCACGGCCACCACCACAACUUCUCCCUCCUCCCCCUCUCUCUCCUUCCCCUAGUGCUAGUUCUUCAUUAGCUCCUCAUGAGUUUAGUGUGGAUAGUCAGUCUUAUCUUAAGAGACAUGGUUUGUUGGAUGUGAUGGCUGGUGAAGAGAGAGGUGGAUCAAACAGUGAUUACGUUAUUCCUAAUGUAUUAACUGAUAUUCCUAGACUGAGACAUAAUAUUAGCUAUUGAACUACUUAAUUUAGAAUUAUCUAUGAUCUUUACUAAUUAA